AAAGACCAUUUCGAGUUCGAAUAUUGACCGGGUUCCGGCAACCUUUUUACCCGCAAUUUCUUUCUCCGAUAAUUCGAAGUGCUUAUUCUUCUAUUCCCAUUCCUCAUCGAAAUGAGUGAAGUUGUCGUUGAAAUCUCUCAAGGGAUAGCCACAGUAACUCUGAACCGUCCGAAGAGCCUGAAUGCCAUUACAGUUGAAGAUUACGAAGCUUUUGCGAAUGCUCUCAGAGAUAUUGAUCUCCGAGAUGACGUGCUUGUAACGGUAUGGCAGGCUACCGGGAAGUGGUUUUGCGCCGGUACUAAUGUCAAGGGCGCGCGCCCUUUUGUGUCUGGUUCGCAACGGAACGCGUUUUUAAGUAAUGUGGCACACACUACAACCGAUUGUGGACGGGCUCUGUAUUCUCACUCCAAGAUCCUUGUCGCUGCUUUGAAUGGUCCAGUGAUGGCCUUCCUCGGACACUUCGACUUUAUUUACAGUGUUCCAGAAGCAUGGCUCUCUGUGCCAUUCACAUUUUUAGGUCUUGUUGCCGAAGGAGGCGCCAGCGUUACCUUUGCAAAUCGGAUGGGGGUGGCAAAGGCCAACGAGGUACUUCUCUGGAGUAAAAAGCUGACUGCGGAGGAGCUUGUUCAAUGUGGUUUCAUCAACAAAAUAUUUCCUUCAUCAUCCGCUGACGAGUUCCAUGCUGCAAUCCGGCGUCAUUUGCAAAGCGAGCUCGAGGGUCUUGAUCCCACCGCCCUGCUGAGCGUCAAGAGACUACUGCGUGCAGGUUUGGACGAUAAGAACAAUCCAGAUGCUGUCAAUUUACGAGAAAGUUAUGCGCAAUCUGAAAGAUUUGCAAGUGGGAUACCGGCAGAACGGUUUGGACAAAUUGCUAGGCGCGAGAUCAGACAUAAGUUGUAACGCGAUGUGAGGGAGCAUACGAACCGACAUACUGGCAGCUGAAAUGAGAUGGCGU